ACUAGAAGUCGUCGAUACUACGUUAGGUCGUCUCACUUACCGAGUUCUUACGAGGCCCUUCGGUCUAGGUACCACAGCAAUGUGGGCUUAAAUUUUCCUGCUGUCGAAAGAAAGCCAAGCGAAAUCAUAUGGACACCAGCAACAUCAUGUCCGCGCAUGGUCUGUCCCUUUGCUGUCGUUCGCUUGUCAGGCUCAGGGGCGGUCUGACGCUUGUCCUCUCGGCGAUAUUACCCUGGCGGGCCAUCAUCACAGCGACUCCGGCUACCGUUCGUGCGAAUGAAGAGGCACCGCUUGUCGACACUAGCAGGAGCAUCUACGAGGAAAAGGGUUUCUUCACGAAUUACGAUGCCGAUCCACUUUGGGUUCGUCUGGACACUGCGCUGCGCUGGUUUCCCGAUUUGCUUGACACAAGGCUGCACAAGAACUCCUCGCCGCGACGGGUGAUUCUGAAGCAGGUGCUCUACUACACACAGGACCAGGGGGCGCUGGCGCGGCUGAAGAAUAACUACAGCAAAGAACCUCAAAUAGGAGUACUAGAAGACCACAGCGGCCACACUGACACUGCUUCCUUAUCUAUGCACGAGAAGUGGAACAAAAACUUCUCUCCUUAUCUCCACCCGUUUCGGAUCUAUUUGGAGAAAAAGGACUCCGCGAGCGAACUGCAUGUCGACACGGACAAGCCCUGGAUCGGAAAACCGUAUUUGGAAAAAUCGGAUUUGAAAACCAUAUGGAUGUGUCAGGUUUGAAAUCGUCAAAGUUGAAUAAGUAUAAGUAGCUUGUCAUGCAUAAAACGGUUACCAGUUAGACCUACAGUUUGUAGUCGGCGCAUGGCAAAUUUUCCCGGUCCUGGAAGCGAGUAUGUCAUGCGGUUUAGGGCAAAAGAGCUGCCUUCUGUCAUGCUAGUCAGCAGUCCAACUUUUGAUCCUUACCAGGACUAUAAUCUGUCUCCCGUGUGUCCUCUGCAAUAGAGUCACUUUUUGCAUUGCAUUUUAUGCAUGGCAAAUCAUUUCAACUUUGACGAUUUCAAUCCUGACACCCCCAUAAACCAAGCCGACCAAAUAUUUGAACGCUUUGUCGGAAGACAAAUCCGAGGAGCCUGUUGCCUACGUGCAGUUUUCCAGCGGGAAGGAAGUGGUCGAAAUGCUGAAAAAAGCUUGUCACGCGCAGAAAACUGCAAAAAAUAUAGAAGACAAAGCAGUGGCAACACCUCCCUCGGAAGACCGCCACAACACUGAAACUACAGAUGACAAGUCUGCUGGUGGGGGUGUUUUCUCUUCCCUUUGGUCUUCGGUAGUCGGGGCGGUUGCUACAAGCGGAGGAGCUGCUGUGGAACAAUCCGCAACAGAAAUCAAAACUUCUUCUUCGUCCUCGAUCACGACCCCUCGUCCAGUUGUAGACCUCACCAAGCAAAAAACCGCACUGAAAGCUCUACGUGAGUUUGUCGAGACCCACCUAGCGCAAACAGCGAAGUCUGGGAAAGUGACCAGCCGUUCCAUAUGCACUGCAAAAGUAUCGUAGUUGGAGUACUUGCAAACAUGCAUUACAAAUCUAGGUGCUAAGCUGAAUCCGCAUUACAAAUUCAAUUUGUAAUGCUGAGCGACUUUGUAUUGCAAUCUAUACUAGUACGAUCAUGCUUUUGCAAUGCAUAUUCCACACUCUGGGACAAUGUGGACUUUCCCAAAUGGAUCCUGGAUGCGGACGUGUAUCUAGAGGAAAAAUCAGUGGACGUGGGGGUCAAGAGGCUGAUGCUGUAUGACAUCUUGCCCGGUAUGGACGUGUCAGAAUUGACAUCGACAAAGUUCAAAUAACUUGUAAUGCAUAAAAUCGAUAUUAGUCGGAGGCCCACUUAUCAAGCGGCGCAUGACAAAUUUCCCGAGCACCGGAAUCCGAUUUGUCAUGCUGUUUGGGCACAGAAGACUGCUUCUGUCAUGCUUUUCUAGCAGCUCUAUCCCAGACCCUAAAUAGGCGCGCAAUCUGUCUCACUUGCCCUCCCGGCAAGAGCAAGACAAGCACUUCAAGCCUUGCAUUAUAUGCAUGACAAAAAAUCAUUUCAACUUUGUCGAUUUCAAAGCUGACGCUUCCAUACCCGGACGGAGCAGGUUAUUGGCAACGAAAGUAGGAAAGGAUAAUGAAGAAAAUCAUGCAGCUGAAAAAUUCUCCUUACCAACUGCAACCGCAGAAGCUCAGCACGGGCGGAACACGAUUCACAACCGGACGCAGAGAAACGAAGUAUCUACAGGAAAUUGAUUCUGAUUCCCGUACACGUAGAAAGUGUGGCUUUCGCAAACUUGUUUUCCUUGAACGUUUUUCCGCAUGUUGACAAGAUGCUUCUUCUAAGCUGCUGCAAUUUGUGAUGCAUUCUACACAUGAUCAUGUACUUACGGGAAAUAGAAAUUUGUAUCAUUGCAUACGAAGACUUGAGAUUUUACAAGCAAUUGGUUCCGCAGUUUGACUUUGACCAACAGGACCCAGUCAUACCCAACCGACCGAAGUUAAUCGGGGCGAAGAAACUCAGCCGCGACUUGUUCUACCCAGCCUUUUACGACUCGAUUAUCGACUUAGUUUUCGACUACUACGGGUCCGACCGGGGGCAGUUUUGCGGGUUGAUGCCCCGGCCGGAGAUGGUGGUAUGAACUGCAAAAGUAUCGUGCUCGUCGCAGUAAAAUUGCAUUACAAAUUAUAAUCUCAGCAUGACAAAUGGAAUUUGCCAUGCUGUUUUGCCUUGGAAUAGAGAUUGGUAAUGCAUAGUUGCAUAUUACUACGAGUAUAAUUAUGAUGCUUUUGCAUUUCAUAGGUAGCGAACUGUGGGAACUACUAUGGCCGGAUGUACGAAAUGGUUUUGGCGGAGAAAAUAGAAAACAGGUGCAGCGGUGGACCAAGAACACCAAAUGGAGCUCGUGCCGCGCAUGAAAAUGGCAAAAACAACGUGCUGAAGUUACUCGAGAUCGGGAUCGGGUCCGUUUCGAAACAAAACCCGGGCGGGCCCAUGACCUGGAUGACGAAAUACGUAAAUGCGAACUACCAGCCGGGGCAUGGGUUGCGGAGUUGGCGCACGAUUUUUCCGUAUGCACUGCAAGAGUAUCGUACUCGUAUAAAUGCAUUACAAAUUUUCUCAGCGUGAGAAAUGAAAUUUGUGAUGCGGAUUGACCUUAAGAAAAAGAUUUGUAAUGCAUGAUUGCAAUACGAGUGCGCUGCUUUUGCACAGGAUAUUCCGCACGCGGAGGUCACUGGGAUCGACAUUGACCACCACGCGGUUAAAGCAGUAAAGGAGUACGGAAAAAUAUCAAAUGCAAAAAUGUCUGGGUCUGGAAGUAGAGUUCACGUUUGUCAUGCUUGUCUCGCGUGACUCUUAAAUCUGUCAUGCACGUUAAUACCCAGGAGCUCCGUUUUUCUGUGAUGCAGAAGCGCAGUUUGUCAUGCAGAAUAGGCAACACCUAGGAGCUCAGAAACUUGUCAUGCUGAGCCAGCAUCUGUAGCCUCAUCAUGAGACGCCACCAAGCAUCACAAGUUUCCAGACCCAGACAUUUUUCCUUUUGAUAAGAAAAGUACGACACGAAUGAAAAACUGAAUGCGGCCACGGUGAACUCCAUGAACAAAACAGCGGUGGAGCGAUUCAUGUGGGAGAGAAACAAGAAACUACUUCUAGCGAAACAGCAUGACAAAGAUAUCCUGUGCAAAAGUAUCGUACUCGACGUAUAAAUGCAUGACAAACUUGCUCAGCAUCAGAAAUUGAAUUUGUAAUGCGGAUUUCCAUUCAGAAGAAAAUUUGUAAUGCAUGACUGCAAUACGAGUGCGAUACUUUUGCACAGGAUAAAAGAACAACAGCAACAAGAAACAUUCGACGUCAUCAUCGACGACGGGCUUCACACGGCGAUCUCUGUAUGGCGUUCGCAAAUGUUACGAACAUUCUCAACUGUUACAUGAUUUGUAAUGCAAAAGCACAAUCAAAAUCGACACGAUCAAGCUGCUUCGCAUGACAAAUUCUCGAAGAGCCAAAGAGGCUGAGAAUCUGCGCCAGAUCUGUCAUGCAAGACGCGCAAGGUCACCCCUUUCACUUUUCCCAUUCUUGCAUCACGCAUUCGUGUAACAGUUGAGAAUGUAACAGCUGAGAGCGCCAUACUCUGUGCUUGCGAGCUUUGUUUUUUUGGAAAAGUAUUUGACCCCGAAAACCGGUAUUUACAUCUGGGAGGACAUCCGGCCUUUCGCGGUGGAUCUCUCCAUUUUUUCCAACUAUCUGACAAGCGACGGGAGAGAGACCGACCUAUCAACUGCAAAUAUCGAUCUGGGUCCUCUGGAAGGAUGCAAGGUUCUUUGUCAUGCACAGUUUGCAGGACUCCUGACGCCUGUGAUGCAUGCCCUAGCAUCACAGACUUCGCGAAGUAGGCUUCCUGAUGCCUAUACCGCAUGAGAAAUGUUGCCCGCUCGCCGUGGCAAAAACUGGACCGCUUAUGCUGUUCAUGCAAUACAGAUUUUUGCAGUAUCCAAAUGCAGCAUCACAAGUUUUUGCAACCUUCCAGCCCCAGACAUAUUUGCAUUUGAUAUGACCCCGAAGAAUACAACGACUGGAUCCAGCAUCACGGAGACCGCUUUAUCCUGUACAAAAGUAUCGUACUCGUAGUAAUCGCAGUCAUGCAUUACAAAUCUCCAUGCCAAGGUAAAACAGCAUGACAAAUUUCAUUUGUCAUGCUGACCGAAUUUGUAAUGCGAUUUCUACUAGUGCGAUACUUUUGCAAUGCAUACGAUUACAGUGGCAGAAAUUCGGUGCGGCUUUGGGAGCCGGGGAGGAUUUAUUGAUGGAGCGGAUAAGGAAAAAUAAGGAUAGUAACUCUCUAGUCGUAUCGGCGCAGGAGGACAGAGAAGUGGAACAACGACAUCCACUUGUAGAAGCUGCUGCGGUGGAAGAGUAUCGCCAGCAUGACAAACUGUUGAAAACACCAAACCGGUUCCACUUCAUCUCGCGGUUCCGCUCCAGAAAAGAAAGUUGGCGGAUGCGGCACGAUAUGGCGUUGGAUUACGGUAACCACACCAUGCCCAUGUAUGAGAAGUUCCGAUUUACCCAAGACAGGCCCAUGCUGGGCUGGUAUGUGAAGGAUAAUGGUGGUGUGCCUGCUGCAGCUGUUGGAAGUCGCGGUCAGCAAGCAGAACAACUACAAAAAUAUCCGGCUUCAUCAAAAUUAGAGUACUACAGCAAGGUAGUGGGGAUAAGAGCAAGCAACAAAAAAAGAAAAGACAAACCCUCCGCAGCAGCUCCCAGCACUGCGUCGUCCUCGGUCAGCAGUUCUGGUGACGGGACGGUAAAAGAAGUUCAGGAGCAGAAGAACAAAGCUGUCGAUGCUGCCAUGCAACCACAAUUUCCCAUCCGUUUCGCCGGGGAUUCUGAUCUGCAGCAAAAGCGGGCUUUCGACCUGGUGAAGAGCCUGACAAAAAUGAUGAACAGUAGCAAAAAUGAGACUUCUUCUGAUGAAGUAGCACACCUAUCCACUACUUCUCUCGUGGACACCGCCGAUAUUUUGGAAGCGCGGUUGCUGUACCACAAGCUUCUUCGCGACGACGGCUAUUUUCACCAAGUUCCGUGCUUUGACGCGAAGCACAGCUACGCAAAGUGCUGCGGCGGGGGCGAUGUGACGGAGGAGGAAAGGAAAGACUGCUUCACGUAUGUGGAGCUGUCUCUGACGACAUAUCAGUACUCGGUGUGUUGCGCCAGUAUCUUGAUUCGAGAAAAGCUCCGGACGCAUAGGCUGUGAUAGUGCGUGCUGAAGAUGGUCAAGGUCUAGCGACGUCAUGUAGACGCUACUGAUGCUGUACCUGUUGGGUGAUGUGCGGUCUUAUUUAUGUUUUCUCGACCUUAGUGUUAGUACUGGAUUAUUAGAGAACACAUAACGUUGCGAGCAUAAUAAAAGUGCGGCUUCUGUGAUGGAUGACGUUGCAAAAUAGUUCAGGCCACCUCUG